AUGUCUGACAACUGCACUGCUGUGACUGAAUUCAUUAUUUUGGGGCUAACAGAUGAUCCAACCCUUCGUGUCAUCCUGUUUGUGAUGUUUCUAUGUGUCUAUGCUGUCACCUUACUUGGUAACCUUAGCAUAAUCACAUUGAUCAGAAAUAGCUCUCAACUUCACACUCCAAUGUACCUUUUCCUCAGCCACUUGGCUUUUGUGGAUAUUGGUUAUUCUUCAUCUGUCACACCUCUCAUGCUCAUCAACUUCAUUGUGGAGAAGACCUCAAUCCCUCUGGGAGGCUGCAUGGCCCAGUUGUUCUUUGGAGCCAUUUUUGGGACAUCUGAGUGCUUCCUGCUGGCUGUGAUGGCUUAUGAUAGGUAUGUGGCCAUCUGUAACCCUCUACUCUACUCCACCCACAUGUCUGCUAGGGCCUGUACUCUGUUAUUCUUCAUAUCCUACCUGGGUGGUUGUAUAAAUUCUUGGAUCUCUACUGGUUGUUUAUGGAAUCUGUCCUUCUGUGGAUCCAAUAGGAUCAAUCACUUUUUCUGUGAUUAUUCACCACUUUUGAAACUUUCUAAUUACCAAGGUGAUCUUGCUGAAAUUCUUCCUGCUGCCUCUGCUGGGUCAGUACUUAUAAUCACAGUGCUAAUUAUCAUAAUCUCUUAUAUAUACAUCCUCUCCUCUGUUGUGAAGAUAAGAUCCACUGAAGGGAGAUCUAAAGCUUUCUCUACUUGUACCUCUCACCUCACAGCAGUCAUUCUGUUCUAUGGGACCCUUACAUUCAUUUAUAUGAUGCCUAAAUCUAGCUACUCAACGGAUGAGAAUAAAGUGGUGUCUCUCUUCUAUACUGUAAUGAUCCCCAUGUUGAACCCUCUGAUCUACAGUCUAAGAAAUAAUGAAGUAAAAGGGGAACUGAAGAAACUGAUGAGUAGAAAGCAUCUUUUUUCAUGAAUUCACUCAAUUAAUAUGUUCUUAUUAAGUACAUACCAUGUCUCUAGAAUUAUGUUUCAUUUAAUGGAUGCAAGUACAAAAAUGAAACAUUUCUUUUCUUUAAGCAUCUAAUAUUCUAUUGAUAUAAUGGUUAUGAUUAAGUGAUACCAGUUAAUUGCUUUUGGAGAGGCAAGUCACUUAACCCUGUUUAUCUUAGUUCUUCAUGUAUAAAAUGAGCUGGAGAAGGAAAUGACAAACCAUUCCAUUAUCUUUCCAAGAAAAACAAAUGGUUCAUGAAGAAUCAGAUGUGACUAAAAUGACUGAACAAAAAGAAGUCAUUGUGUGUGUUUUCUUACCUCUGCUAUCAUCACUAUAUCAGAUCAUGUAAAUAAUUUCUGUUUCUUUACUAAUCAUAUUUUUUGCGAUUUUACUGCACAAUAAUAUUUCAUUAUAUUCAUAAGAGAAGAUUUGUUUACCCCCUCAUCAAUCAUGGGACAUCUGCUUUAUUUUCACUUCUUUGUUACCACAAAAGUGGUCCUAUAAAUGCUUUUAUCUAUGAAGUGAAUUUCUUUUUAUCAAUUGCCACUGUUGUGGCAUAAUACACCCAUAAAAUAUAUUCUUUUUUUCUAUGGAAUAAUUUGUGAAUGAUGAGGUGGGGAGAGAUGCUAAGAUGAAAUUUACGCUGUGUUAAAACAAAAGAUACCAAUAAAGAAUACAAAGAUCCACAGUCUUGCUUCUUCAUAACUUUUCGGUGUUUCAUCUUACCUCUGUCCAUGCAGUGUUCAAUCUAGCUGCAUUGUUUUUCCCCUCACAUGACACCCCAUCUUCUGUGUCUUUACACUGGCUUUUUCGUAGGCCUGAAAUGGUUUACUUGCCUACCUCUGCCAGUUAAUUUGGAAAAAAAUUGUACAAACAUUAAAAUUUUUUAUCUAC